AUGUCUUCUGCACUGCCCAGCGAUUUGGAGAAAGAAGGCCAAACAGUUGUCUACCGCGACGAGUCGUACGGUGAUGGCGAUGGAUCUGUCACUUCUGGCAGCAAAAUUGCAUUGCCAGAGGACGGCAAGAGAGAGGGAACCCGGCUGAAAAAAGAACUCGAGGCCCGUCAUGUUUCGAUGAUCGCCAUCGGGGGUUCUCUAGGUACCGGUUUGCUGAUCGGAACCGGCAGUUCGCUGGCCAGCGCUGGACCGGUGUCUAUCCUAAUUUCCUACUCGUUUGUAGGCCUCUUGGUAUACACAGUGAUGAGCUGUCUGGGUGAAAUGGCAGCCUUCAUCCCGCUGGAUGGUUUCACCUCCUAUGCGACACGUUACUGCGACCCAGCACUUGGCUUUGCUGUUGGUUACUCGUACCUAUUCAAAUAUUUCAUUGUCACUCCAAACCAGCUAACUGCGGGAGCCAUGGUUAUGCAGUACUGGGUCAGUCGAGACCGCGUCAACCCGGGUGUUUGGAUCACCAUCUUUCUCGUUGCAAUUAUCCUAAUCAACACCGUGGGCGUGAGAUUUUUCGGUGAGUUCGAAUUUUGGUUGUCGAGUGUCAAGGUCCUAGUGAUGCUGGGGCUUAUCAUUCUGCUCUUUGUCAUUAUGCUUGGCGGUGGUCCCUCUCACGAUCGUACGGGCUUCAGAUAUUGGAAAGACCCCGGUGCUUUCAAGCCAUACACCGGAAUCGAGGGCAGUAAAGGUAAGUUUGUGUCUUUCGCCUCGGUCUUUGCCCUGGCACUAUUUGCGUACACUGGUACCGAACUGUGUGGUAUCGUUGCUGCGGAAGCAAGGAAUCCAAGAAAAAGUGUUCCUCGUGCCAUAAAGUUAACCUUGUACCGUAUUGUUGUUUUCUAUGUGGUCACAAUCAUUCUCCUAGGAAUGACAGUGGCCUACAAUGACCCACUGUUGCUGCGUGCAAAGAAGAUGAGUACUUCUGCCGCUGCGUCGCCAUUUGUGGUUGCCAUAGUCAACGCCCAGAUUCCAAUCCUCCCUCAUAUCUUCAACUCGUGCGUUCUGGUGUUCGUUUUCAGCGCUUGUAACUCAGACUUGUACGUUGCCUCGAGAACGUUGUACGGGUUGGCUAUCGAUCGUAAAGCUCCCCAAAUUUUUGCCAAGACUAACAGAUGGGGUGUUCCAUACAAUGCCCUUAUUGUUUCGAUUUUAUUCUGUCUGCUGGCAUACAUGAAUGUUGCUUCGGGAUCCGCUCAAGUUUUCAACUAUUUUGUUAAUGUGGUUUCCAUCUUUGGUCUCUUGAGUUGGAUCUCAAUCUUAAUCACGUACAUCAGGUUCGAAAAGGCAGUUAGGGUUCAGUUUGGGGACAAGUCCGCGCUGUCAUACACCGCACCAAUGCAACCUUGGUCCGCUUAUGUUUGUCUUGGCUUCUGUAUUUUGAUCGGGUUAAUCAAGAACUACACUGUCUUUUUGGGUGAUACAUUCGACUACAAAACCUUCAUUUCCGGUUAUAUUGGCAUCCCAGUGUUUUUUAUCUGCUAUGUGGGCUACAAAGUCAUCAUGCGCACAAAGCUCAUUGCCCCAGAAAAUGUUGACCUUCACACUUUCAAGGCUGCCAUCGAUGCAGAAGAAGAGGAAGGUAAGGUUCAUGACAAAGAGCGCGAGGAACAGCUUCGCAACCAGAAGUUUACUCCUGGAUGGUUUUAUGAUAGAUUUUUAGGAUGGAUUUUCUAA